GCUCCUGCCGCCCCGCCGCGGAGCCCCGCUUUGUUCCCGGGGGAGGUGCUGAGCGCGGGGUGCACGGUGUCUUCCCGAGCCGCCUUGGCCCCUUCCCGCGUGUCUCCGAACACGCGUGUGCCCCGCUGCCUGCGCCCGCGCGCUGGGUGUUGGGUGUUCGGGUUUUUUUUUUUUUUCCCUUUUCUUCCCCCCCUUUCCCUCCCCCCCCCGCCCCGCUUGCUCCAGGUUUUACUUCUGGUUGCCUGUAAGGGUUUUGCUCCUCCCUUCUGAAAUCCUAUAUUAGCCGCGGCCAAAGCCGUGUAAGGAACACAGCUCAUUGUUGGCAAGUGCCGAUGCGCCUCGCGGAGGGGCGAGAACCAGCUCCGGGGCUGCGGCAGCGAUCGCGGCGCCGGUCACGUCAGCGCCGGGGAGAGGGAGCCGGAGAAGCCCUCUCUAUGCUGGGUGACUCUCGCUGACUGAUUCCACCGCCACCUUUAAAGGAGAGGAAGAAAGAAGCCGGGAGGUGAGCCAUGGCAGACCACAUGAUGGCCAUGAACCACGGGCGAUUCCCCGACGGAUCCGGCGGGCUCCACCACCACCCUGCGCAUCGGAUGGGCAUGGGGCAGUUUCCCACCCCCCAUCACCACCACCAGCAGCAGCAGCCGCCGCAGCAGCACGCCUUCAGCGCCCUGAUGGGCGACCAUAUACAUUACGGAGCUGGGAGUAUGAACGCGAGCAGCGGGGUGAGGCACGCCAUGGGGCCGGGCAGCGUGAGCGGAGGGGACCCGGCCGGCAGCAUGCCGCCCCCCGCCCGCUUCAGCGGCUCCCAGUUCAUGGCCCCCCCCGUCGCCAGCCCGGGAGGACAGCUGAGCGCCAGCAUGCAGCUCCAGAAGCUGAACAACCAGUACUUCAGCCACCACCCCUACCCCCACAGCCACUACAUGCCGGACUUGCACCCCGGUAGCCACCAGCUGAACGGUGGCAGCCAGCAGCAUUUCAGGGACUGCAACCCCAAGCACGGCGGCGGCGGCGGCAGCGGCUUGCCGCCCGCCGUCCCCCACGUCCCCGCGGCAAUGCUGCCGCCCAAUGUCAUAGACACGGACUUCAUCGACGAGGAGGUCCUCAUGUCCUUAGUCAUCGAAAUGGGGCUGGAUCGCAUCAAGGAGCUUCCCGAGCUGUGGUUGGGACAGAACGAGUUUGACUUCAUGACAGACUUCGUUUGCAAACAGCAGCCCAGCAGGGUGAGCUGCUGAUUCAUUUAAAACAAACAAAGGACUUUUAUCGGUGCGAAUGAAAACAUUCCCCUAGACACGGUGUCUCACUUUUCAGGGCUUGAAAAGGUGAGAAUCUGGAAAGCAGAGUCAACUAUGCGCUUGUAUAAUUUUUUUUUUUUUAAUCGCUGCCACUUUUUUUUUUCUUUUUGUAGCUUUGUCACUCACCUCCCCUCCUGUAGUAAUAAUAUCUAGCGAACUCUGCCUUUUUAUGUUGGUUGCCCCCCUCCCAACCUCCCACUCUUAAUUUUCUCACAGUAACAUGCCCAGAAUUCCCAGAGUGCCGGACUGUUAGAUAUUAAUCUUGGCAAAUUGCUUAAUCUUGUGGAUUUUGUAAACUAUGAUUUCCAGUGACUUGAACUGCAUUCAAAUUCUGAGUGAACAGGGAAAAAAAUUGCAUUAGUUGGUUGCAUGAACUUUGAAGGGCAGAUAGUACUGCACAAAAGCUGCCAUCUUGCUUAAUUUUUAACUAUGCAUUGCAGUGCAGACUAAUUUUUUUUUUUUUUUUUUUUCUGAACAUGCUAAACUGGAAGCUUAACAGAUGUGGGCCAAACCUUUCCAGAUCAGGAAAAGUAAUACUGUUACUUAAAGUCUGCUACCCAGUCCCCCUCCCCCAUAUGUAUAGACAAUAAUAUGGUGUGGAUGGAAUGUUGACUAGUGGCAAACAUUUCACAGAUUUUUUUUUUUUUAUUUUGUUUCUGUCUUCAGCGUUUUGACACUGUGCUAAUAUAGUUUAUUCAGUACAUGAAAAGAUACUACUGUGUUGAAAGCUUUUCAGGAAAUUUUGACAGUAUUUUUGUACAAAACAUUUUUUUGAGAAAAUAUUGUUAAUUUAUUCUAUUUUAAUUUGCCAAUGUCAAUAAAAAGUUAAGAAAUGCUUUAGUUUUUCUAGAAGUCAUUUACCAGUAUUUUUCUUCAAAACUCUUCCCCACUGUCCCUGGUAAGUAGAACAUAACAUCUAUCUGUACAACCUUGUUGGUGUGCAAAAAGACAUUCCAAGAUAGAAAGUACACUACACCCAUAUAUAUGUCAUGGUGAACUCGGUAGGUGAGCGGGAUUUGAACAUACUUACAGCAUAAAGCCUCAUGCGUUACAUUGUAAUAUGCCUGUCAGUGUGGUUUUCUGAAAAAUAAAGUUGCCGAGGGCGCAACUUUUUUUGUGACUUGCCAACAUACUUGCUUUAAAUGUAGUUGUCCAGAGUUAUGAUGCAUAAAGUAUUUAUUAUAUUUAUCUAUUAAACUUGUAAUUUUAUAAAUCUGCUUUCAUUUAUACAGUA